GAAAAAUGAAGAGUCAGAUGAAUUAAAAUCAAAAUGGGGAGGACACAGAGAUGAAGGAGAAGCAGAGGAAGCCAAGGAACACGGGGAGAAAAGAACAGAAACGAAAUCUGGAAUGACUUUGGAACGACCCACACAACUUCAGGAAAUGACAGUUGUGAAAAAUCAGGCCAUCCCUGAAAUGCCUGACGUUUUUCUGCCUGAUUUUUUACACUGAAAUAAAUACACUCAGAAGCCAGGGUAGAAGCCGGACGACAGCCAUAUUUAUGUCACCAUUUCGAUGCGCACCAGCGCUUUAAUAGACUCUUGAGGAAGUUGGUUUUUUGUGUUAAUGACGUUUGUUCUCUCUUUCCUCCUUCUGCUCCUCUUCUCUCUGUUCCGUCCUCUCUUAGUCACCAAACCCACCCAGGGCAUUCAGGCAUACUUUUCACUUCCUGAGGAAAAUGGCUCCCAUGUUUGUUCCGCUGCCCGUGGGAAAAUAACACACUGACUGUCCUCGGUGCCGGAGACACCGUUCCGGAUUUCAGCUCUUCCCACCUACAGGCCCCCGCCCUGCAACUCAGGGCUAUAAAGGGAGCCCUGCUGCCAGCCCCGGGACCUCCUUAGACAGCUGUCCCCUUGGUGACAUGAAGCCAUCCGUCUCUGUAUUCCCCAGCUUCCUCCUUGUGGCUCUGCUCUUUCCAGGACUAUCCGGAGCCAGAAAUGAGGACCUUCAAGGCACUGAGAGUCCCAGAGAACCCAGGGAAGAGUCUCCUGGACAAGGAACAAACGAGUCUCAUUUGCUACACCACCAAGAGAAACGCCACAUCUUACCGCAUACUCCCCCUUAUGAGGGUAGAACCGAACCGGAUUUCAAAGUGGUCAACUGCAAGAAAAGUGAAGGCUACUGUCAAGAAUACUGUAAUUAUAUGGAAACACAAGUGGGUUACUGCUUUAAAAAGAAAUACACCUGCUGUUUACAUCAGAACUGAACUUGCUGACACAGAAGCCAGAGUUUGGUCCCCUCGCCGGCUCUCUGGGUCCUGUCCCUAACGCAGACACAGGGGUUUUUGGAGAAAGGACCGAGCAUGGGCUAGCUGAGGUGUUGUCAUCUGAGCUGGAGAGUUUCGACAUGUUAUUCUAACUAAAAGAGAGAUGAAAACCCACUACGCCUGCCCUUAGAGAAAGUGACUUAGCCUGACGUGGACAAAAUCCUCAAAAAUCAACAGUUUUUGCUGGUAGAUGUGGAUGUAAUAA